CGAACGGGCGUUCGAAUCGCGACUCCCGCGUCAGUGCUGAAACCGCGUUCGCGGUCCACGGUUCACGAUUUCCGGACCCCGCCGGUUCUGUUUUUUCCUCACCCGGUGCACGGCAAGCAAAAAAAUCCACGCAAGAAGCAAGGACGGUCUCCAGGUUAUCCAGGAAGAGGACGUCGAACAGCGAACGUUUCGAGGGGCGGCCAUUAUCGAGUGUUCGAGAUCGCUCGUCACGGGAAGUCUGGCAACUAGAAAAAACCUAGCUUUUCCGAGGUGUUCGUUUUCCCGCCAGUUCUCGUCGCCGGUAAAAUGGCCGCGGUCGCGUCACCGUCAUCUCCGCGGACCUGGGCGUUCGAAUCACCUCGAAAGUAAAUCAAGACACGUUCAUCUCCGUCGCGACGAGACAGAAGACGAAGAGAAUCCACGCAGCUCUAGCUAUUUUUAUUAUGAAACUAGUGGACGACGUUGCACGGAGCGCCAACAAGGACGUGGCGGUGGUCUCGACACGGUGAGCUGUCGGGCAUAGAUUCCACGACGAGAGUUUCGCAUCGCGAAGUGAACGAUCAUGGAACGUCUACGGAGAGUCGCGGGAUCUGGUAAUUCGUGGGCGAGUGACGGUCGACGGCGACAGUAAGAGGAGUACGAUGAAUACGACGGAGCCGGUGGCCAGCCUGGAAACCCACCAGUAACGUGGUGCUGCACGUCAACUGAACUUUUAUGUUCGUCGUGUCAGUGUUUAUUCAAUUAUCUCAAGUGCAGUUUUCAAGUGCAAUUACGCGAGAACGUGUAACAACACGGUGUGCAAUAAAGCAACGGUACGGAAACGAUUUCGGGGGAAUAGCGUCGAUUCGUUGCGGCGACGAGUAAGAAGAGCAAGGGAAGCGGGGAGAGAGAAUAAUCUAGUCAGAAGAGAGACCCGUGAAACGGUUUAUAUUUUCAAGAAUAUUUCGUUUAUUCUCGCUGCCAGACAGACUCGAGGCUCGCGAACGAGAAUCACUGGGAGAAAAGGACGGACAGAGAAAACACGGUUGAAUCCGUGUUCACCCUUGACGGUGAGUCUUGCUUGUUUACAUUACGCCGCGACUGUACCUGUCCUCGGUUGUAUUUGUGUGGCGCGUGCCAUCCAAUUUCGACGCUCGUUCGAACGUCUGCUCCGUUUACGUUCGUCGAGCUAGUGUUUGUUCGAACAUAGAUAGAUAUGCGAGUGUUUCGACGCGAGUGAGAUAUGCGGGGAAACGGGGACGAGACUGUCGACCGGGACGCGGUGAAUCUUCGAUACUAGCGAAGGAUUUUCGCGUGGACUCGUCGAGAGCUGAUCGACGUUUUGCGAAACGUUUUAGCCAGUCGGACGAGAAUCGGUGCCGGCUGUGCGACGCAAGUGAUACCCCAGUGACGCGUACGGGACCACGUGGCGCCCUCGGUGUCGAAAAAAAAAAAAAAAAGGAUUUUUGAUUCGAGGAAGGAUUUUCGAGGGAUUCUCCCAAGUGUCCAGUGAGAUAUGUAUCCGUGGUAUCGGGACAGCGUCGCGGCGGCGGCGGCAGCGGGUCUCGGGGGCCCCGUCGGAGUCGUCGGUUCCGGGUUCUGCUCCACCGGACCAGGACAAGCCGGCACCACGAUCAAGACCGAGAGCGGAUAUUCGGAUUGCAUGCUGGCCCUGGACUAUGUCCAGAGCAAGAAAGCCUCUUUCGCGUGGUCCGAGGGUGGUGAUGAGGGUGGCGGAGGAGGUGGCGGUGGAGGAGGAGGAGGCGGUGGUGGUGGCGGUGGUGGGGCUGGGACCGGAACCACGGGCCCUACGGCCGCUGGGGGAGGUGGACUGGCCCACUGGGUCAGCGUGAUGGCGGAACACAUCCACAAUCCCCACUCCGCUACAGGGGUUGGGGGUGUUCAUCAUCAGCAGCAAUCGCCACCUCAACCACCCUAUCCGUGGAACAAUGGUCUCUCCAGUGAUCAAUGCAACCCCCACGACAAGGAGAGCGACUACUGGGGCGGCGGUCGUGGCGCGAAACAAGGUUACGAGCACUUUCUGUUGCAGGCGAAAAUGAACGCGGACCACGGCCAGCUGCAGAAGGGAGAGGAUCAAUACCGAGGCGCCGGGGGAUCCAGCAGCGGAAGUCCGCCAGCGAGUUUGCUGGUGGUUCCUCAGCCUUUGACCGUGAAACCCUCUCAUCCGUCGCACCUGAACCCCCAUUUAGGCGGACCGCACUCUCAUCCACCCAGGAAGUACCAGUGCAAAAUGUGCCCCCAGAUCUUCGGUAGCAAGGCGGAUCUGCAGCUCCACACGCAGAUCCACAUGCGCGAGGCGAAGCCGUACAAGUGCACCCAGUGCUCGAAGGCGUUCGCGAACUCCUCGUACCUGUCGCAGCACACCAGGAUCCACCUGGGCAUCAAGCCGUACCGCUGCGAGAUUUGCCAGCGGAAGUUCACCCAACUGAGCCACCUACAGCAGCACAUCCGCACGCACACCGGCGACAAACCGUACAAGUGCCGGCAUCCAGGCUGCACGAAGGCGUUCAGCCAGCUGAGCAACCUACAGAGCCACUCCCGGUGCCACCAGACCGACAAGCCGUACAAGUGUAACUCUUGCUACAAGUGCUUCUCCGACGAGCCCAGCCUGCUCGAGCACAUACCGAAGCACAAGGAAUCGAAGCACCUUAAGACGCACAUCUGCCAGUACUGCGGCAAGAGUUACACCCAGGAGACCUACCUGGCGAAGCACAUGCAAAAGCACGCGGAGAGGACCGACAAGAGACCGCCCAUCAUCGGUACAGGGCUCAGGCCGUCCAUCCACGCGAUGGCCCACCACCAGGAUCACUACUGGCCGAAAGUGAGCCCGGACUCGGUGAUCAGCGAUCUCCACGAACGACUGCCCCACCAUCACACCGACUACCAUCAGAACCAGAACCCCGAGAUGCUGCUACCCGGCCACGGCCACCGCGGCGACUCCAUCGAGAACGACUCCAGGCAACAAACACCCCAGCCGGGCGCCAAUCAUCACCCCAACAGCAGCUCGGCGUUCACCCCGAUCUCCUCGAUCUCGAUAAACUCGAUCUCCUCCAUGCAGCACCCGUUGAACCCGUUGAACCACUUGCACUACCCGGGCAGCCAUCACCCAGCCUCCAGGCCGUACCUCUACGAAGCCUUCAACUCCACGCAAAAGUCCUCGCCAGCCUCGUCCUCGUCAGGCGUCACGCCUGGAACAACAACCAACCAGAACGCCACGUCGUUCCCCAACCAACUGAUCAGUCUACAUCAGAUCAGGAACUACGCGCACCAACCGAACUUGGGGAACCUCGGGAACCUCGGCAACCUGGGGAAUCUGAGCAACCUGAGCAACCUUAGCGCGUCGAUGGAGAGCCACGCUCUCCUCGGCGGGCUCAAGGAGAAACAGUAACUCCGGCUGGUCUUGGAGAUUAGGGGCGACUGCUAUUUCUCCUCGGUUUCUUCUUUCUUGGUGGCAUCCUCGUUCCUCCUGGACAGACCUGCGAUGAUUUUUAUCGAAGUGAGAGUGAGAAGUAACUAUUUUGAAGUAAUUUAUUUGAAAGUAAUGAUACAGUCAGUCUCGUGGGAACUCGUACGCUCCGCGGAAGUGUUUGAAUUAAACGAGGGGAUUCUAUCCAAGUAAGUUUUUCAUUAUAAAUGUUUACGUGGGUAAAGUUUAUUGGUAGCGAAACAUUUAUUUGGAAAUGGUAAGCCUAUCGUUUAAUUUGAACACAUUUCUUUUAGGGUAGGAAUACUUAUUUGGGACUGACUGUAACGCCAUUUGAAAUAGUCGCUAUUUUAAAUGACGAGCUAUUUUUUUGUUUCAAUGGAAGAAGGAACCUUCGAAGUAAUAUCGUUAUUUGAGAGACUUUUAUCCGAGUUUGUCUAAUAUCGUAGACAAAAUGUGUUUACACGUUUAAAAUUAUCAACACGUUUCUUCUUAAUUUUUCAUAACAAACAUAGAUCCAUUCAAGAGUAUGAUUUUUUUUUUUUUUUUUUUUAUUUUUAACAAGAACUUUACGAUUAUUUCAAACAAUUACAAAAUCAAAUACAUUAUUUGACAUAAUAUUUCAAAUAAUGUUACUUCGAAAGUGCUCACAGGUGCAUACAUACAAUUAUUAGAUUUAGUAACAUCUUAUUUGAAACAACAUUUCAAAUACUAUCACUUCAGAAGUCCUCAGGUCUGCCCCUGGACAUCGUGCUCGAGACUGGACGCGAAAAGACGAAAGCACUAGUCGUUCGUCUUUCCCCUUGGUCGUCCAGGUGUCUCUCCACCUUCCGUUACCUUCUCCCGCACCUGAACUACCCAGCUCUUCUCAGACCCGAUCCUAAUGACCAUUUUCGAACCUCCUCAAUUCGUUCCUGUUUAAUUUUUAAGCGCGGUGCCAGGGGGUGACUGCUCGCCAACCCUUUCGAAGUAACUCUCGAAUCAACCCUCUUUCCUAUUUUUUUUUUUUUGUUUCGCUUAUUUUCAGUUUUAGUUUGCUCGAAGCGAUUUUUUCGAGAGAAUUUUUAGUUCGUACAGAGUCGAAUAUUCGUUUCGAAGUCACGUCGUUUUUUCUUUUACGUUUUUUCUUUUACGUUUUUAACCGGUCCCCUUUUAACCGCAACGCGAAAGGUCGAGGAAUCCCGUUUGAGUUCCCCGACUAUCGAGGGUACAGGUGGCGAGGGGUCGAGAUCGGUUUCAGAAAAGGGAGCAUCGAUCUCGGAAUCGAAUGCAAAUCGAUCGGUCGACUUUUAAUCGUUUUAGUGCUACCGGGCAUCCAUGCAUGAAGAGCAAAUAUUAGAAAGUCCGCUCGCCAAGCAGCGGUAUCGAUUCUACGGUUGCUGCUCGAUCGUCGCAGGCCCAUGAAUCGGCGUGAUCGAUCGCGAUCGCUGGUCAGUCGCUGAUUAACUUUCACGUUUCGAAGUUAGUUGGAAAGUAACGAAUGAUUACUCGGUGUUACCGCGUUUCUUGGUAAUCAUCGAUGCUCCUGGAGCGAAUGGUCACCCUGGAGGGGAUGAUCCUGGCACCGAAACCCUUCAGAUAUUAUUUUGGGGGACGUCGAGUUCCAAGCUUUCUUCGUCCUUUCCCUGACGAUCUCCUUAGGUUAAUUGCAAAGCUGAAAGCCUUUUUUGAUUCGUCGUCGAAUGGUCCCAUCGACGGUGUGAAUGCUUGGACACUGUUUUCGAGUUGGUGGAGAUUUUAGUUCCUUUUUAAUGUCGUUUGUUCGAGAAUGCAUAGUCCCUGGAGGAGCUAUCGGGGUUGGAUCGUGGACAGCAUUCGUAUCUUAACGCUUUAUUUACCGAUCUAUUUAGAAACAAUUUACAAGAGAUAAAAGGAUUUUUUAGAUUAUAUAUAUAUUCUCUUUUGCAUUUUUGUGUCUGGAACAAAGGGACCCGCUUGGUUUUGGGAGAGGAGCUCCGGUUUUAAUCACUUUGUAGAAUUUCAACGUGCAACCUUUGUUGCAAUGAUGUAGCUGGGGAAAAUUGUGUCCGAGGAGAUUGUUAGAGAUUAAUCUUUGGAUUCCAAACACGUUAUUAUUGCGUCGAACUAGUCAAAUUAAUCUGCCGAAACAGUAAUGACGGGUUCGUCGACGUAACUUUUAAACAUGAGGAUUUUAUCAUGGUCUGGAUCUUAAUUCUAGGUGUUAUACGAAAGUGAUCCACAGAGUCUACUAUAAGACAUUCCAUAGAGCCUACCGUAGAACAUUCCAUAGAAAUCAGAAUAAAUCCUCCCUUAUCAAGCAAGUCUGUCGACUUUACCCCGAAUCCCAAUCGCCACAAAGCUACCAAUCUCCUCCAGAGGACACCCCUUCGACAGAUUCCGCGUAAAACAUUGAAAGUCGCGAAUCGAUGGGACCGACGGCGUUAAUUCCGUUCUUUUCACGUUCCUGCCUCCUAAGAGCACUGUUCGUAAGGGAGAAUAGCAAAAGUCAGGAGAAAUCGUGCCGUGAAGUACAGCUAUUUUCCAAGGGGUGGCUCUCAUCCCUGUCGACGGGGGGUGGGCGCACCUUUCUGGGUCGAGUGGACGUUUCGCUCGCAACGGGAUAAUUAACGAAGAGUAUGAGAGCGCGAGACUCGCGUGUGCGUGUGUAUAUGUGUGUAUGUGUUUCGGUAGAGAGGGAUAGGGAGAGAGAGAGAGAGAGAGAGAGAGAGAGAGAGAGAGAGAGAGAGAGAACGGAACUAUGGGGAAAAUUUAAGCAUCUCACGCACCUUUUAAGAUAGGAGUUACACGCGUACACACACAUUACGUGAAGGGCACAAAUCGUGUGAAUGUCCUGCGGGCUGAGAGAAUGAGAGUGAGAGUUUUAGGGUAGAUCGACGACAGUGCCACGAAAUAUUCAAUUUUGCGAAAGUAACCGGGGGAACGAUAGAGAAAUUAAAGAGUAACGAGGGCUAGAGGGUAAGAGAAACUGCAAGAAAGGGUUGAAACGCGUUUGGAACGCACAGGCGCACAGAGAGAGAGAGAGAGUACGGUACGGAGAACCUCCUUGUACAUAGCUAUUAUAUAUAAAUAUAUAUAUAUAUAUAUAUAUAUAAAUAAAUGAAUAAAUAAAUAUUAUAUAUUAUUAUUAAUUGAUUAAUUAAAUAAUUAAUUGAUCGACAUUCGGUAGGUAAGAAAGAGAGGAAGGAUAUAGACUCUACUGAAGAUAUUCUAAGUACCUUAUCUAAAGAGAGAGAGACAGAGUGUGUGGUCAGAGUGGGAGAAGCAAAAGCAAUCGUUGCCCAAAGUUAAUUACGAUAAUUUUUUUUCGUUUUCGUUUUUCGAGGCUCCGCUCCGCGAGCGACCUCGGCGAUCGGACGACCUUUCUUUCCUUCGUUCCAUUUCGCUGUUCUCUUUCGACGUUUCGUCGUCGAGGUCGAUCGCGGACCGCGGAGGAAGCGUUCGGUGAUACUCUUCUCGCCGAAAGAAACAAAAAACACACACGCUAGCAAAAUGGGGGAUAGAGGGAAGGGACUAGAACACGUGUACUGUAGAUAAUUUCUUGUUACGGCGCCGCACGUGUCACGUUUCGAGGCUCCUCCCGUAGGAACAUUUGUUCAUUCAAGCGUUGGCCCUGGGAAACCCUAAGAAACUACCCCAAACUAUCGAAGUUAGUGAAGAUACUAAAACUACCCCCGAGCCAAGAAAUUUUUCCGUUUGUUUAGCCAUACUCUCACCCCACCUAUCCCCGGUUUUCUUUAACCCUUUGCUGUCCUGUGUCGAGCGAGGCUCGACAGAACUGUACCGAAAUCAGAAAAUCUGGACUCCUCGGUGUCCUCGUGACCUCAGACUCCGUUCCGAGAGGAUCCUAAGCUGAUCUAAUCAAAGAAGGAUUCGUUCCUUUGAAAUAAUCCUAGAAUGACGGGGAAGCCACCGAUACCCGACACGUCGGCGCUCCACCUGUGCUCAAGUUGUUUAAAACUAUUAGUUUGUUACUAAGAGGAGUGGAUGAAAGACUGCGAGUGAGACGGAUGAAUGACCGCGUGAGUGUCGCGAAAGGGACGGAGAGGGAACUCGGUGUUCCGUUUACGAGGGUAAAAAGCGAGAUUAGGUAUGAAACAAUGCGAUGAAAUGCGAAAACGAUGAAACGAGGGGACAACGACUUGUUCCGUCGUUUCUUCGUUUUGAACCCGGGAGAAAAUCGAACUUGGGCGGGCGGGGGGUGUCAAAGGGAACGAGGAUUCGAGGAUUUUGUUUUUGGGGGUAUGGGGUGGUUACAGUGUCAGGUAACCCCCGCGCUUUAAUUGUGAUCUUUUUUCUGUCUAUCCUUUAGUUCCAUUGAUGAUUAUUUUAUUAUUAUUUUAUUAAUAUUAUUAUUAUUAUUAUUAUUAUUAUUAUUAUUAUUAAUAUUAUUAUUAUUAUAAUUACGAUUUCGUUUAAUAAACUGUCACGUUAAAAGAACAUAGACGUCAACGGAAGGAGGAGAGACGUCGGACAUCCCGGCGGUCUCGUCGAUGAACAUUUUUUUUUUUCUGUUGUCACCGCUCCGAGUGAAGAUUCCCGUCCCGAACCCGCAACGCACAACCCUUGUACAACCCUUUUUCCUUCUCCUUCCUUCGCGUGGAAAUCUACGGUGCUGCUUUCACCCCGUUUUCUCGAAAGGUUGUUCUCUUUCGGAACGUACGAGGAAAAGUGGACGAAUGGAACGCGGAAUGAAAAGGAAUCGUGGUGGGAUCGAGAGGGAGAGGGGGGUGGGGGGGAUUCUGGAGGUAAAAGUGGGUAAAAAGUGAGGUACGAAGGUUUUUUAUAGGGGACUUAGUUUUCGAGAAAUUUUGAUUUGAAAAUGUUUGGGGCGUCGGAAUUUCAGUGUCUGGCUAUUCGCUCGCUUUUUCUACUUGCAGUGGCAUUCGUGGAUAGUGGAGAUGGUUCUGUGUUGUUUUGAAUGAAUUUUGUGAGGUCCAGAGAUGGGUAGAAUUUAAAUGCCAGAAAUGUACAAAUAUACCAUUUAAGCCAGUAUUAAAUAACCCAAGUGUCCCGUAAAUGUUCAAAUUAAAUUUCCUCGAAAACAAAGCCCCCUGCCAAAAAAUCUUAUUCUACAUUUUCGACGUACUUUUUCAUCCAAAAUCAGCAUACACUUCGACUGCAACUCGAUUCCAACCCGAAUCCAGUACAGCCUCGUCGCAAAAGUACGAGGCGCCUUCGUCGCGAACGAAGGAUGUUAACGCGUGAGGAAUAAUUUUAGUUUCGUUGGCGGAUUGUUCGUUGUUACCUCGAUCGAGUGCAAUUAGACGAGAAAGUAAAACUUUUGCAUGAGGAGAUGAUCACGAGUGAAUUGAAAUUUUUUUACGGGGAUUGUUUACGAGUGUGCAGAGUGUCUUGUAUGCAUAAGAAGAAACUGCGAUUUUUCGUCGAGGAACGAAACCUUCCUGGAGACUCCUUUCCCCUUUUCUUUCUUCUCUGUUCCGUUUUGUAACGUUUACUUGUCUCUGGUUUCUCGUUUUUUUUUUAAUAUUCAAAGUUGCAGAAAGAUGCCGUCCAUUAUGCUUUCGAAAAAUGGGAAAGAAACGCAAGGGGCGCAGAGGAUCUGUCUUUUUACGAGUGAUUUACUUAGAUUUUCGCACACUUUGCUUGAUACUUUUUGCGAUCGAAAACACCACAGUGAACAUCGACCACAGACGUGAAAUUCGAUUUUUAAUCGAUGGUGGUUUCACAGAAAUUGUAGCCAAGCAUUAAACGCGUUCUUGAUCGUUCUACUCUUUCCAGAGAGAAGAAUUUACCUUCUCCAUUUCUUUAGACUUCUGCAAUUUAAUUUGAAAGCUCUUGGUUUCCUUUAUCCAAGGAAUUUUUAACCAAAUUUAUUAGAGUAGUCUUGAUAUUCUUAGAUUAAUUUUCUCCAGACUAAUCGAAAUACUAUCUGUAUAGCAAAAGACAAGACGGACAAAAUUCUUGUCCGCAUACAAUUUUAAAUUAACGAACGGAACACUAACAUUUUUAGUCAGUUUUUUCAUCGAUGUGCCAACCAGAACGAUCAAGGAACGUCGUAUUAUCACAGGACCAACCGAUCCUUUCGCUCCUCGCACGCAAUCAGUUCCUUCGAGUGACUUUAAUUCGGUUUUCGACAACGAGCGCACGCAAACGAAACAACUGACGUAUAAGUUCGUCGAUAAAAGGGGAAAGGCGACCAGAAACACAGCAAUACUUGAGAAAAGCACAGGUCUUUCGAAAAAACAAAACAAAAAAUAAAAGUAAUAAAAACAAAUCAUGGAAAUCACGGGCGAUUAUUUUCUCGAUUAUUUUUCUCAAAAUUUUUCGAAGGACCCUGGGUACGUUUUCGUUGAAAAUAGGUUUCCUUCGAUUGUUCCGUGGUGGGUCACUUUAACCCUGAAAUUUUGUACGAAGAUUUGCUGUGAGAAAUAUCCAAACUAGUGCGACGUUAGAAGAAUGUUUAUUAGGAUCUGCUGACAUGAUUAGAGUCCAUGGAAUUUAUUAUAAAAAGCAAAAUAGGGGAAAGUCUGUUCAUUUUCACCCCUGAAUUUUCCUUUCGGAGGUCGAAUGUGUCCAUGAAUUUUUGUGAAAUUUGCGAGUACAGCGUAAGAGCGAGUUUUUGUUUACUUAGGAAGCCAUUGUACAAUUUUGUAAAAAUAUACUCGCGCUGGCGAGGACGGUUCUGUGACUGGAAAGUAAAUCUGUGAAAGAAGAA